AUGGUCAAUUGGGUUUUUAUAUCCGAUUCAUUAAUAAUUGCUAGCAUGGGGAAUGGAGUAGUAAUUUUUGGGCUAUGGGUGGCUGCAAUAUUGAGUUUGGUUUCUGCCCGCAAUUCUAUCUACAACGUUGCCGACUAUGGCGCCGUUGGCAAUGGUCAAAGAGAUGAUACGCAAGCAUUCCUAAAGGCAUGGGGAGCGGCUUGUGCAGAUUCUUACUAUCCAACUUUCCUCAUUCCAUCAGGAAAAGGUAGAACAUUCCUCUUGAGUCAGAUAACCUUUUCUGGACCCUGCAAGUCCAACGUACAUGUACAGGUUAGUGGAAACUUGGUAGCACCAAACAAGUUGUGGACUAAGAAGCCAGAGACAUGGAUAGUGUUCAUCAACAUAGAAGGGCUCACGGUGGAUGGUCACGGUCAGAUUGAUGGCCAAGGUGCCAUUUGGUGGCCUUGCAUCACUAAACAUAUAUGCUCUGGGGCACCUUAUAUAAUGCAGUUUUUGGGGUGUACGGGCCUAAAACUGAGCGGCAUCUACCUCAAGAACAGUCCUGGGAAGCAUCUUGCAAUAUACAAGAGUGACUGGACGACGAUAAAGGGGCUUACUAUAACGGCCCCUGGCGAUAGUCCAAACACUGACGGCAUCCUCAUCGCGGAGUCUAAUCAUGUACACGUAUAUUCGUCGAACAUUGGAGUGGGAGAUGAUUGCGUUGCCAUAGGAUCGGGCUGCUAUGAUGUUAAUAUAAGCUCCGUUACAUGUGGGCCUGGUCAUGGCAUAAGUAUUGGAAGUCUUGGAGCCAACUCUAAGGUUGAAAAGGUUCGCGUCUCCGGCUGUAAUAUUUUUCAGACUACAGUAGGUGUCAGGAUCAAAACAUGGCAGGGUGGAUCUGGUUAUGCCAAAAAUAUAUUGUAUGAGCACAUCGUCUUCAAUUCAGUAAGGUCUCCGAUAUUAAUCGAUCAAUACUACUGUCCACAAGGAAACUGCGCUAAUAAGACAUCUGCAGUGGCCAUAAGCGACGUCACAUACAAUGAUCUACACGGGACUUCAGUGGAUCCAGUGGCGAUCAAAAUAGCGUGUAGCGAGAGCAUGAAGUGCGACCGUGUGGUACUGAACGAUGUUAGUUUUAGUUUUGAGGGUUCCCAAGCGCCGAUGCAAUCUUAUUGCCUCAAUGCCUACGGUAAAAUGUAUGGAAAAGUUGUCCCUGAAGUUCCUUGCCUCAAGUGGUAG